CGGAUUGAUUUACAAAGAAUUAUGAAGUGUAAACGUAAAAACGUUUAUUAUGUGUCAUGACUUCGCCUCCUUCCUCCCUCUCGCUCGCUUUAAUCCCACAAUGCACUGCGCCGGCUCGCUCGGAACAUGGACCAAAGCGAUAACGAUCUCCAAGGAAGCGACGGCUCCGGGAGCUUGGGCGGUCCGGACGUCCGAAGGCGCAUCCCCAUCAAGCUCAUCUCCAAGCAGCCCCUGAGGAUCAAACCGCCUCCCCGCGUCCAGAGGCCCGGCAACAGGCCGCCGCUGAAAAGCGACGCGCCGGAAAAAGACGAUAACUUUGGCUUCAAGCAAGACAAGUUUGAAUUUGGUGGUAAAGCAGGAGAUGUGUUUGCUGCCCAGAGGAGAUACCCACAGCCGCUGUUUUGGGACUAUAAGUUGAAUCUGAUCGGCGAGAGGGACGAAGUCCCAAUUCACUUCUGUGACAAAUGCGGGCUUCCUAUCCAGUUGUACGGACGCAUGAUUCCCUGCAAACACGUCUUCUGCUACGAGUGCGCUUUGCUGCAUGAGAAGAAAGGAGAGAAGAUGUGCCCUGGCCUGGCCACGUACAGCUGCAUGGACCCGGUGCAGCGCAUCGAGCAGUGCCAGCGCGGCUCGCUGUACAUGUGCAGCGUGGUGUCGGGCUGCAAGCGCACCUACCUGUCUCAGCGGGACCUCCAGGCCCACGUCAACCACCGCCACUUGAGGUCGGCCAAGUCGUCGUCGUCGUCGGGCCGCCAGGAGCCCGUGCACCUGCCCCCGGCUUCCGAUGUCCCCGACCGCUUCCGCGUACCCCCGCCCCACAUGACCAAGAACCACGUGCACCUGGCCAACCAGCACCCGCACGGCGGCCACGACCCGUACGGGCAGCCCCCGCCCCCGGGCCCCCACGACGGCCCCCCCGAGACGUACCGUAUCGCCACGGUGACCACGCGCAAACACAGCAACCUCAUCACCGUGCCCAUCCAGGACGACUCGUCCUCGGUCCCGCCGGGCCAGCCGCCCCACCACCGUCCGGGGGAGUAUCCCGGCCAGCCGCCCGUGGUGUCGCACGCCCACCGCAUGAUGGCGCCGCCGCCGCCGCAGCAGCACUUCGGGCCGCCGCCCCCGCCGCCGCCCAUCAGCCACCCCAUGCAGCACCCUCCCCAGGGCUCCGGGACGCCCCACAUGGUAUACAACCAGGCCCCGCCGCCCCCCAUGUCCGCAGCCCCGCCUCCGAUCACCCCGCCGCCGGGACACAUCAUGGCCCAAAUGCCUCCCUACAUGAACCACCCGCCCCCGGGACCUCCACCCCAACACAGCGGACCCCCUGUAAAUGCGCCCCCUCCUCAUCACUACAAUCCCAAUACCAUGCAGCAGUUUCCCGAAGACCAGGGCACCCUUAGCCCGCCGUUCAACCAACCGGGAGGUCUGAGUCCCGGAAUGUGGCCCGCUCCGAGGGGGCCGCCCCCUCCGCGGAUGCAGGGCCCCCCGCCUGGGCCCGGGCCCCACCACCCGGACCAGGGCCGCUACCGACCUUAUUAUCAGUAAUUUGCUAUCCGAAUGACUGGGCUGUAGGCUUGGAAAAUUUCUGUUAAAAUUUCGACAUUUGGAAAUAGUCCUAAUUGGAAACUUUUCAUGGAAAUAAAGGGUAAUUUUCUGAAAAGGUGUCAUAUUCAAGCAUAAAUGAACUUUUUAUUUCAAUUUGCAUUUACCUUUAUUGCUGUUUUCUUCACUUGCACUGCAUAUUUAUUCAAAUCCUGGUACCCUUGUACUUGCAUGUAAUCUGGUUAUUUGGAUCAGUGUCAUACUAAAUUAUAUUUCCCAAAAUUUCUGAUAAAGAGCCAACAUUCAAAUUUGUAAAUUCCUAGCUUAUUACCAUGGAAAGUUUCCAACUUAGUUUUUUUGGCCGGUAAUUUUGCAACUCUACUAGGCUGUGCCACUUGUAUGAAAACAAAUGUGAUGGUAAACCUCAGGGUUGCAGUGUGUAAAUACUCUAGGUAUUUUGAUAAAACUGCCAUGUCACAGUUUGUGGUGCACAUCUUUUUCUUUCCGCUGAGCAGAUAAUAGAGUUGGGAAAUAGCAGAAACACCCCUUUUUAUUACAAAAUAUGCUUACGGUAAUGUUUAUGUUGUAUGUCAGCUGACCCAUAUACCCCAGUAUCAAUAAAAACAUUAAAUUCCA